AUGACACCGAAAACUGCUCGUGCAGAUGUCGCAGCUAUUCGAACGCCCAAUGUGCAGGGGAAGGCCCUCGUGCACGAAUUUCGUUGUCUGUACACAUUCGACGUGCGCCGAAAGCAGAAAAGAUGGCAAGAUGGUCGAGCAAAAUUUCAUACGUUCAACAACAGAAUCAUGGUAUAUGACGACACUCAGAAUUUUGUUGGAGACAUUCAUUGGAAAGAUGGCAGCGGGCCUCAACCGGACGACGAAUUCUCCUUAGAAGUAGGCGUACUCGUCCAGAUCGGAGAUCUGCUUUACACAACGCAGACUGAUCUUGCACCAUUGUUUAUACGAGAGCGCAAAAAGCCCGAAAGUCAUGGGGCCGAAGGAGCAGAGAACGCGGCAGCACUCAAUAUGGCUCUUGAUCGGAAGGGCCAUCUUUCCACGCAGAAGCACAAGAGCUUGCAUGUCCUAUUGAACUCCGCAAAGACGGGUUCCAUAAAAGCUAAAAUGUCUGGGCAAUCACCUUAUGACGCACGAAAGGCAGGUUUAGACGUUGAGUCUAGUGACGACCGCGGAAGGAAAAGACGAAGAUUGGCGGUUAAUAAGACGACGCAUUUCAUGAGCAAAACGAACGGGACCGGAGAACUGGCUCAGGAAGUUGAGAAAUUGGCUUUCAAGACAAAGAACAAUCCGUCAUCUACUAUUUCGCGCUCCACUGUUUGGGGCCGCGAUAGCUCUCCUAAACGGACUUGUAAUUCAAUGGCGAAUUCGACGAAUAUCAAACUUGGAGUUACAAGGGUAGAGUGCACUAGUGCGUGUUAUCUGCCUCAAAACCGGUCACUAAUGAGAACAAUGAUUUUGAAUCAUGUCGAAAGUGAAUCGGCAGAUAAUCAUACAUCUGUUUCAGCCAAAGACUCACGCGCGGAUAACGCUCCCUCUGGAGCGAAAAAAACUUUGUUGCGGCUUGGGAAGUCAAAGAAAACUUCGAUGCUCAUUUGCCAAAAAUUAGAUCAUGAGGGAGGUGUGAGCAUAGCAUCCAGUAAACAACGACCUAAUCUCUACCAAACCUUAUCAGACUUGGAAGAUGGGACAAGAGAGGAUGAGCGAUUGAAAUCCAAGAGUGAAGAAAUAAUUCCAUCAAACAGCAAUUGUGAAACGUUGGUCGACAUUAUCGAUGAAUCAUUAAUACUGACCUCCACGUCCGGACUAGCUGUCAAGGACCUUUCGACACCAAUUGAAGAUCAGGUUAGAUUCCAAAGCGGGUACCAGCCAACGGCUUGCUCUGAAAAUCAGGGUACAAAUGGUGGCAAAGCUUUGCUCGCUAAUAGAGCACCCAUAAACUAUGCGCAGAAGAGGAAGGGAACGAAAAAACUUUCAAGAACUACAGCACGGCAAAAGUCGCAUGUACCAGAUUAUGAUGAAGACCGAUUAAACAUGGUUCAAUCACGUGAUAUCGUUCGACCGCCGGAGAAGCACGACCAAGGACCGUGGACGAUUGAAGCAAUGGAUCUCUUUGAUUGGCGGCCACCUGAUUGGGAAAUGAGGUUGUUAAAACUUUCAACUUGA